AGUCGGCUUUCUUUUCCUGAUACCAGAAUGGCUCGCACAAAAAAUACCAAAAGGAAAAGAAGCGAUAGAAGCAAGCUCUCUAAAGCGUCACAACUACAAUCGAGCAACGGAUUUUCGGACGACAUUACAACAUUAAAGAAAGAAUUGAAGAGAAAGCUUAGUAAAAGCAGGGAGGAACUGACCGGUUCGUCGAGCCCCAGUGGGUUCCAAAGUCCUCCACAUCAUAUUGUUGCAAUGGCUUUUUCUUCUGGUCCAAUAAACCUUGGUGCCACAGAUAGACCUCUUGACAGAGUCAAUGCAUACGCCUUCGUGUGGAACAACAAUCACUUUUCGAUGAUACAUGGUAGCAACUUUGUGUGUUAUCCAGGUCCUUCCCCUAUGGAGCUCAUGGGAAUUAAGCGCUUGAUCGAAAGCUGUCCUGAAAAUUUCACGGCUACAGUAGUGUCAACAAUCAGUUGGGUCACAGAGUUUCUGAAAACCCCACAGAAGUUUUCUCGAUUUAGUUCGUUGGGAAAGGAAAUCCAUCAACUGAUGACUGAAAAAAACAUCACUCUCGAUGGUGCAAAAAUGUCAACAGUUAAAGAUACUUUUAUCAAAAAAGAUCUGUAUCAAGCUGCACAGAUGGUGGCCCGUGGCUUGCGAAUGAAAUGUCAAGAAGAAGGUAGUUUAGAGCCAAUCAACGCAGAUGAGAACCCAACAAGAGUGCAAGCGAGUGGAGUAGUUGCCCAGAUACAACGAGAUAAUUCACAGCAAGCAAACCUGCAUUCAUCGGAUACUCGACCGCAAGUUGCUAUUUCACACCAACUUCACCAACCAAGUCAGCAACCGAGUUUGCACCAACCGAAUACUCAUCCCGCCCCUAUAUCCGAUAUGCAGCAAGUAUCGCCAAACGUAACAAUGAAAUCUGGUUUAUCUACGGUCAUCCAGGCAACAAUAUCUGCCAAUAACAGCAACAUCUCUACUACCCGCGACGAUGAAGACAUACAUGAAGAUGCUGUCGAUUACACUGAUUGGACUGAUUUGGAAAGAAACAAACCGCAGAUACGUAGUCUAGAAACGAUGAAUCAAUGGAUCACAGAUCUAUUUCGUCGACCUGAAUAGGCAGCCAUAUGAACUGAGGACUUGUAGAGCUGAGCUGAAGUCCAUACCCAUAGUGGGCUGUAGCAACACAUCGUUCCUGUUCUUUUCUUUUCCACAUCCCUCUUUUACUACUGCUCUUUUAUCAACAACUUUCACAUUUGUAUAUAUACCAUCGCAUAUAUUAUUUAUAAACAAGCUAUGCACAGGUUGCAAGUAAAGAAACACAUCUGUAAAGUAACCGGCACAAAAGGAUGAUGUGUUCCCAUCAAUGCGUUGUGUGCUCCGAUUAUUG